AUGAAGCUUAAACGCUAUAGAAAAAUUUCUCAACCACAGUACAGAUUAACGUUAUUUUCAAACGGAUUGCUACCAAGACCGCGCGAUGAUGUGGCUCUGUACGAAAUAACUGCUGUGAUUGCGGAUGAUGCAGUUAAAACGUCUAUAAAUAAGAAGAACUUUUUGGGCGAUUUCAAAAUACCUGACGGAAGAAUGCGAUUGCAAUAUCCAAACUAUGAUCGAAGCUCAUCAUCAGGUUGCUCUUCAAAAAGACAGACAAAAUCUUGCGCGCAACUUGUGGUAUUGAACGUUGCUCGUUUUUGUAUAUCAGCUUCAUCAACAAUUUCCAAAUUGACUAUGGACCACCUCAACAUUUCGAAAUAG